ACACUGUGAAUUUUAACUUAAGGCGCUGUCCAUGCUGCUGAAUGGCCCCGCGGCGAGAGGACCGACGAGCCCACGAGCGUCAUCCUUUCCCUGUUUCAUACCUGAGCUCUCGAGGAUGAUGGACGUCUACACUUUCGACAACACAUUUCAAGGACUUGCGGAUUUAAAACCUAAAUGAAGAAUCCACUUCGGCUUCGACAACAUGUUCCUGAACACAUCAUUUGUCACGUUCUUUCACUGGCUAUCUAUUUACUGACCACCUCGACCCCGAAACAGCCAGUGACCAUUCAUUCAUUCAUCAAAGAAAAUGAACUGCUGUGAAUUAGUUGCCCUUCAAGCGUAGGAUAUCUGCAAUUUAUUCUAAGAGGAGCAGCGAUACCCUUCGAGAAAUGGCUCGCCUGCUUGUUUUGGUCAACUCCGUGGUCCUGUUGCUUUUUGGCAGCGGCAUGUUCUUGGUAGGAGCAAACCGGCCACCGGCUCCUGUUAAUGUGUCCGUCAUGCACCUGCGAGCCGACUCGGCAACUGUAUCCUGGGAAGUUCCAGAGGGAGAUAUAAUAAUCGGCUUUUCGAUCUCACAACAGAGGCAGGAGGGACACAUGCAACGAUUCAUUCGGGAAGUCAACACCACCAGCCGCUCUUGCGUCCUCUGGGACUUGGAGGAGGAGACAGACUACAUCAUCCAGGUCCAGUCAAUUGGCCUUCAUGGGGAGAGCCAAGCCAGCAAGAAGGUCCAUUUUCGAACCCUCAAAAAGACAGAUCGCUUCCCCUCCAACAGCUCCAACCAAGAUGACCCCACUGUGCAGGGCCUGGAUAAGUCCCGACAUCUACAAACAGGAGAGAUGAUCAUCAUCGUGGUGGUCCUGGUCAUGUGGGCAGCUGUGAUUGCCCUGUUCUGCCGGCAGUAUGACAUCAUCAAGGACAACGACUCCAGCAACAGCAGCAGUAAGGAGAAGGCCAAGCCGUCGUCGUCGGAGAGGAGCACACCGGAGCACCACAGCGGGGGGCUGCUGAGGAGCAAGUUUCAUCCUUCUGUGCCGUCUAUCAACAUCAUUGAGGUUUGAGAAGAAGCAAGACAACGUUAAAUCACUCUCUCUUCGAACAUCAAUGCAUUCCUCCACCUUUGUCACUGAUGAGAAAACAUGCGUAGUGGAUCGUCAUCAGUGAAUAGGGUUGGCUGAAGCUGUGUUUGCAAAAUGCACCCGGCAUUUGUAGGAAAACACCUAACUACAUGUACACACACACACUGUAUCUACAUGACCACACACACAUUACAGUACAGUAGCUACUCCUGCAGGUAGAUAGGACACAAACUAAUGUUAACCCAUGGUGCCGUUAACACUGAUGACUGCCAGCCACUUGGCAAGUUAUUGCAAUAUAAAAAGACACGAUCAUCUGAUCAAGGAGGCCGGUCUUCAUGACUUUAAAGUCGCAGUGUAUUUUUGAUAUUGGCAUGUGCAGUUAGACACCACGUUCACCUGGUAUAGGCAACUCAGCUCUUAGUAAAUCAACAUUUUCCCAUUGCAACUAGUGUUAAUAUAUUCAUCACAUCUGUAUGUUAUCGUACUGCUUAGGGCAGCUUGGUAACAGGGAGAGAAAGCAAACAUGUAUUCAUUUGUAAGAACCGCCACAGUGACAUGUCUUAAAUUUUCGAAUGAUAUUAAAAUACAUUGUAUUUUUCCACAUUUCAUAAUGUUUCAUAAUGUAUGUACAUAUUUCAUUCAUUUGCUAACGUUGCAUGCAGGUCAUUUGCCUGUAGAAUAGCAUUUGAUGUGUGUUCUAAGUUCCAACAAUGGAGAAUAAACAUGAUUGCAGUCCCUUGAA